AUGGUGACACAAAGAGACUCAAACUCACUGAUGGUGAACGGAGUUCUGGGAGAGUCAGUAACUCUUCCCCUGAAGUUUCCUGAAGGAGAAAAGAUUAACUUCAUCUUCUGGCUUCACAAUGCAACAGUUAUUGCCACCAUAUAUCAGACUGAAGCAGAAAGCCUACAAAACAAUCUGUUUGACCUAAAACGGAAAGACCAACUAACUUUUAACCAAUACUUCUUGCGAAUCAGCAACCUAACAAUGGAAGACAUGGGAACUUAUAAGGCCCAGAUAAACUCAAAUACUUCUAACAAAUUUUUUCAUUAUAGUCUGAGGAUUUUCAGACGACUGAGAAACUUAAAAAUUACCAGUAUCUCUGUAUCACCUGGUAAUAAAACCUGUGAGAUCCAUCUGAACUGCUCUGUGGAGUGUCCAAAUGACGACGUCUCGUUCACAUGGCAGCCCUUAGGAAAGACUGGUCCAAACCUCAUCAUCUCCUGGGACCCUGGGAAUUCCAGUGAACAUAAUUCUUACACCUGCAUAGCUAAGAAUCCUGUCAGCAAUGUAUCCUCCUCUGUCUCUACCAAUGGUCUCUGUAAAGAUGAUACCAAGAACAAGUCAUUGAAUGCCUACUUGGUUUGGAUUGUGAUUUCUGUGAUAAGUAUGGUCACCGUCACCGUUGCUUGCACGUUUGGAGGCUGGCUUAUUUGGAGGAAAAACACAGAGAUUGCUGGGAACAUAGAGUAUACGCCAGUGGCUCCAGAAAAGUCUGUGUAUGCUCAGGUCAAUCUUCCACAUACGCGCAAUGCUCAGUAA